AUGGCGAUGCUCAUACAACUUGUGGCCAAUGCAAUCCUUUUUGUCAGUGUAAAUUUGUAUGGGGUCUUUGUGAGGAUUUUGACAGAAAGGGCUCAGAGGAAGGCGUUCCUCCAGGCCAGGAACUGCAUAGAGGACAGGCUGAGGCUGGAGGAUGAAAAUGAAAAACAGGAGCGUCUCUUGAUGAGUCUUUUGCCCAGGAACGUUGCAAUGGAAAUGAAGGAAGAUUUUCUGAAGCCUCCUGAAAGGAUUUUCCACAAGAUUUACAUUCAAAGACAUGACAAUGUUAGCAUUUUGUUUGCAGACAUUGUGGGGUUCACGAGUCUGGCAUCACAGUGCACUGCCCAAGAGCUGGUGAAGCUGCUGAAUGAACUCUUUGGCAAGUUUGAUGAAUUAGCCACAGAAAACCACUGCAGAAGGAUAAAAAUCCUAGGGGACUGUUAUUACUGUGUAUCAGGAUUGACCCAACCCAAAACAGAUCAUGCCCAUUGCUGUGUUGAAAUGGGACUGGAUAUGAUUGACACCAUCACAUCUGUUGCAGAAGCCACAGAGGUGGAUCUCAACAUGCGAGUUGGAUUACAUACAGGCAGGGUGCUUUGUGGGGUCCUGGGUCUACGGAAAUGGCAAUACGACGUCUGGUCAAAUGACGUGACUUUAGCCAAUGUAAUGGAAGCUGGAGGAUUGCCUGGGAAAGUUCACAUAACAAAGACCACCUUAGAGUGCCUAAAUGGGGACUACGAGGUAGAACCAGGAUAUGGCCAUGAAAGGAAUAGUUUCUUGAAGAAGCAUAAUAUUGAAACAUUUUUUAUUGUGCCAUCCCAUCGGAGGAAGAUAUUUCCUGGACUGAUUCUCUCAGACAUAAAGCCUGCCAAAAGAAUGAAGUUCAAGACAGUCUGCUACCUGCUCGUUCAGCUCAUGCACUGUCGUAAGAUGUUUAAAGCGGAGAUCCCUUUCUCCAAUGUCAUGACAUGCGAGGAUGACGAUAAGAGGAGAGCAUUAAGGACAGCCUCUGAAAAACUCAGGAAUCGUUCCUCUUUUUCUACAAAUGUUGUAUACAAUACUCCAGGAACUCGAGUAAACAGAUACAUCAGCCGUUUGAUAGAGGCCCGGCAAACUGAAUCUGAGAUGGCUGACUUGAACUUCUUUACCCUGAAGUAUAAACAAAUUGAACGUGAGAAUAAAUACCACCAGCUUCAGGAUGAGUAUUUCACCAGUGCUGUAGUUCUCUCACUAAUUCUAGCUGCCUUAUUUGGCCUUGUCUACCUUCUGAUAAUACCACAGAGUACCGUAGUUCUCGUUCUCCUGGUGUUCUGCAUAUGCUUCCUAGUGGCUUGUAUUAUGUACCUACAUGUCACACGAGUACAAUGUUUUCCAGGGUGCCUGACAAUACAAAUUCGUACCAUUUUGUGUAUUUUCAUUGUGAUCUUAAUAUACUCUGUGGCUCAAGGAUGUGUGGUUGGCUGCAUGCCUUGGGUUUGGAAUACGAAUUCCAGCAGUUCCAUAGUUAUCAUUUCUCCUGGCGGAACAAACAAAACGAUGAACGAACUUCCAUGUGACACGGCCCACUAUGCUUUCCUUUCCUGCGUAGUGGGGACUCUCACCUUGGCAAUAUUUCUGCGAGUAUCUUCCUUGCCAAAAAUGAUCCUCCUGCUUUUUGUUACAAUUUUGUACAUAGUUAUUCUGGAACUCAGUGGUUACAGAAAAGCAGUGGGGGGUGGCUCCUUUUAUAUGCGUGGCUAUGAACCAAUACUAGCCAUUUUGCUGUUUUCUUGUGCUUUGGCACUGCAUUCCAGGCAGGUGGACUUGAAGUUACGUCUGGACUACCUCUGGGCUGUGCAGGCAGAAGAAGAGAGAGAUGAUAUGGAGAGAGUCAAGCUGGACAAUAAAAGAAUUCUCUUCAACCUGUUGCCAGCACAUGUUGCACAGCACUUUCUUAUGUCUAAUCCAAGGAAUAUGGACCUUUAUUACCAGUCAUAUUCACAAGUGGGAGUGAUGUUUGCUUCCAUCCCAAAUUUCAAUGAUUUCUACAUCGAACUGGAUGGCAAUAAUAUGGGAGUGGAGUGUUUACGCCUGUUAAAUGAGAUUAUUGCUGAUUUUGAUGAGCUUAUGGACAAAGAAUAUUAUAAGGACAUAGAAAAGAUCAAGACAAUUGGAAGUACGUAUAUGGCAGCUGUGGGACUUGUACCUACUUCGGGAACUAAGGCUAAAAAAUCAAUUUAUUCCCAUCUGAGUACACUGGCAGAUUUUGCAAUAGAGAUGUUUGACGUUCUUGAUGAAAUCAACUAUCAGUCUUACAACGACUUUGUCCUACGAGUUGGUAUUAAUGUUGGACCUGUAGUGGCUGGAGUCAUUGGAGCCAGAAGACCGCAAUAUGAUAUCUGGGGGAACACUGUAAAUGUUGCCAGUCGAAUGGAUAGUACUGGAGUGCAGGGGAAAAUUCAGGUGACAGAAGAAGUUCAGCGGAUAUUAAAGAGGUGCAGUUAUGAAUUUAUGUGCCGGGGUAAAGUCAGUGUAAAGGGAAAAGGAGAAAUGUUGACCUAUUUCCUGGAAGGAAAGGCCGAUGGAAAUAAUUCACAAACACGGUCUUUAAACUUAGAGCGAAAAAUGUACCCUUAUGGGAGAGCAAACAUUCAAACGAAACUGGGCACCAGCUGCCCGUCGGUGUCCUCAGUUGCUGGCUUUACUGCAAAAGCUGGGCUUGGAGCAGCCCAAGUGUCUGCUACUCACACAAAUCAAACGCUACAUUAUCUUCCUUCUGUGCCAGCUGUGAAGGAGGCGUAGAGCAAAGGAGGUUUGGUUGUGCCAUUUGCAGUGAACCUGGAGAGCAGCGGUUGCCUGAAUUUUUACCAAGAGGUCAAGGGUCAUAGGCUGUGGCAUUAACCAAGGACCACUACAACCCAACCAAAGAGAACUUGGGGACCGUGUAAUGAACUCUUGGGAUGGAACAUAUAAGGGCUAGCAAUUCUGUUAGGAAAAGUCAAAACCUGAUUUUCUGGAAAUAAGGAAUAUUUUCUUGGCAUUUUUAAAGGGUAAAUGAAAAAAAUUGAGACAAACGUGCAAGCAAUUCUUUAUGUGUGUGUGUAUAUAUAUGUUUUAAUCUAUAUAUGCACAUAUACAAAAACUCCUAUGUAGACUUGAUAGAGAUUUAUAUAUAUAAAUAUAAAAAAUGUAUUUAUUUACACAUCCACCUGCAAUGACAUAGCAAAGAGAUUUCUCUUCCUGUCAUAGCCAGCACUGUUGGGUCUGAGAUUAGCAAAGCUGCAUUUAACUGGGGAGUGUAGGGCAGCUGAAAGCUCUCCGGGGCUAUAGCAAGAAUUAGAGAAACUGUGCUCCCAGUGCUUGAAUUCAAGCGAUCAGAAUUUAUCAGUGACAGAUUAAUGAAGUUUGGAUUCAGCUAACUGAUAAACCCAAUGUGUUUUUAAAAAUUCUAAUUACAUAGUCCAAAAACUUUGAAAAAUUUCCAAUUCAAAUCGUGACAUGAGGAUAUGGAAUAGAUAAAUGACAGAGCUUAACAUUUUGUGAGGAUAGCAAUUGCUAUUCUUAACAAUAAAAAAAAAAAAAGAAAAAAAAAGUUGAGAAAGUUUUAAAAGUUGCUGCUUCUUCACAGGUCAUUUGAUUCUGUGUGAGACAAAAGUGCCACCCUGCCAGCACAGCAAUAUGCUUACCCAGUAUAAACAUUCCUUCCUGCUUUACGUACCAUGCCAGUUUUUCUGAAGAGCAGAGGAAUAUUAUUAUUUCAGACUUUUACAAACAGCAUAGGUCCUGAGGCUCAGUUCCAGCUGUACCUUUUUAAAAGCUCAAAGAGUAGUCCUGCACUGGUGACAAACGUGCUGUUGUUAGGCCUGCGAUAUUUGUAUGCUUGCCAACAUAGUCUUUCUUGUUAAUUGAUUUUUAAAUUGAUGCCACAGUUUAUUAUGUCUUGAUUCUACCCAGGCUCACUCUUCAAAGCUGUACAAUUAUAGAAAGUUAUAAUUCUGAGAAACAAGCACAGUCGAACUUUGCCCAAACGAGGAGCACAUUGGUAAACUUGCCAGGAGAGUGAGGGCUGCUCUUAAUCUGCAUAAAAGGGAACAUAUUUUGACUGCUUUUCCCUUAAUGCAGCCCAUAUCCUAUUGUUCAGGGUUUCAUCUUGAAACGCUGAUCUGGAUGUGAAACAUGGAGUGCAGCUCUGUAUUUGAGGCGGGAGCAGUCCCAGGUCAUCCUGCUGAGGAUGGCUGGCGACGUGGUCCAUGGACUGCUGCCAUAAGGUCCUGAUGGGGAUAUGCAAGCUAACCAGCUUGCUGCUUCCCAAAAGAGAAUCAAAACUUUGUCUAAAAAAAGGCAAAACUUCCUUUUAACUUUAAAAAAAAAAAAAAGCUUCAGUUAUUCGCAAUAUACCGUUGAAAACUUGCAUGUUCUAGGUGUCACCUUCUCCUGCAAUCAGCUUUUUUUCUUUUCUUUUCUUUUCUUUUGUGUUUUUUUUGGAGCAGUCACUGUUUCUGUUUUAAAACUAUAUGGACACAUAUUAAGUCAAUACAUGCAAAGCAUUAAAGAAAAGCCACAUCAGGCUGCUUGUGGGAUUCUGCAGGUUUUCAGCAGGGUUUUUAAUUGGCUAUCAGCUAGGUGCUUCAUUACAGAGACAGCAAAAUUAGUGUUGUGAUUAGAGCGAGCUGAGGAAACUGAGGACUGAUUCCUAGCUGUACUAGGUGUAUGCAGCCUGGCUGACCUGCCAAAAGACACUGAAUCUCUUUAUCUCCCCAGCAGUUAUCCAAUUCACAAGCAUUCUGCUGGAAUAAUUAAAUUCUGCUUUUGAGGCAUUCAUAGCCAUUUAAGUAAAUACAUUUAUAGAACAUAAAUUUCAAAGAAUGAAUAUUUGCGUAAUUAAACUAAAUAAAUGGUAUCCACGUAAUGUGCACUGCAUAUUUUAUAUUUUCUAAUAGCUUUGUAAGAAUUAAAUCAUCCCACAGUAAGUUAAAUAUUUAACCAACAUGGAAAGCAUUAUGCACAACAACGUUAAGCACCUAACUCCACUCACAAAGAGCCCAGGUUACACAGUCUGUGAAGCAGUGGACUUGAUGCAACUUCACUGAUGUUAAUUAAACUUUAUUUUUACAUGUACUGUUAUCACAAAGAAUCUUUGGACCCUAGGUGUAGAUCAAGUAGCACAUAAUCACAUAGGGAAAAUAUAGCCAUUGUCCCCCUGUCAAAAGCUUACAAUGAGAGUGUUUUUUGUUGCUUUUUGAAUGGGUCCAAAACACAGGUAUAUUGCCAUUGUUUCAUACAUCGCUAAGCUGACAGUGAAUUGUUCCCUUUGCUAAUGUUUUCAGGACUUUUCUGUAAAGCCAGUUAACAAUACAAUGGCAGGUGGCAGAUGCCUCAAAAACUGCAGCAACACGGAUGUGUCAGGACCUACUACUUUGAGUUUUCACGAAUGCAACAGCAACUUUACAGGAAGAAUUUUUGUGCAUUUUGUCCAGGUCUUGAUAAACUCCUUCCCAUCACAGCAACGCAAGAGCUGGAAACUCAUUCCCAGCCUAGUCCUGGAGUAAGGUUAGUGUAGGAGACCAUGAAACAAAGUAAAAAUGGAUCAUCCGUUUUAAUAUUUUAAAAGAUUAGCAGGUGCUAGUGGGAUCACUUAGAAGUUUUUCUAGGCCUGAUCCUCCUCUCCAGCAGUUGAAUAAGGCAUGUGCCUUCUGUAAGGACGUUUUUUUAUGUUGCAUGGAAAGGAUCAGAUAGAGGCUGUCUAGCACCAGCAUCUCCUGGGGUCCUUUCGCAGGAGUUUGUUGCUUCUGGGGCAGGCUGUGUGGAGCAGGACGGGUUCUGCAGCUGCAGCCGCUCCAGUUAGCGCAGACUAGCUGGCACCAUCAGGGAUGGUGGAUUUGGACUCAGGCUCCAGACUUUGUUUGCUUGAGUCCUACCCUUAACAUUUUCGGAUUGUUGUUGAUGUUGUUGUUGCUGUUUCGACCAUGGGGAUGACUGUAUUUUUCCUAUUUCUUUGUAGCCCAGGACUGAGCAGUGCAGAAUCAGAAAAAAAGUUCAGCCAAGACCCAAAUGAAUAAAAAAACAUGUGAAACUAAUAGGAAGUGUUUAGCAGCUGUUUCAGCAGGGAAGACUAAACACCCACUGAAAUCUUGAUAUAAUAAAGCUGUGCUCUUGCCUUCAUGAUUUCCCUCCCUAUUCUCAUCAUUUUCCCCCAUUUCAUUUUUUGUGUACAUUUGUUUUAUUUCAGCUGUCAUAUGAUGGCUUUAGAUGACAAAUUUAAUCUCCCUUCUCUUUUGCAUUCUUUGAUAUCUUUAGCAAGUUCUAUUCAAGGAAAGAGAUAGCAAUAAUCAUUCUGCUAACCCCACAAAUGCACAUUAUCUACCCAAUUUGAGGUGCUGGUCCUAACAUUCCUGUUGGUAAUUGGCUGAAGACAAUAUGUGGCCCACUCCAAUACUGAAAACAAUCUGAAAGAUUUCCUUGGAGUUUUGUGGGAUUUGGUUCUGGCCCACCUUAGCGCCUGCAGUAGCAUUUCCUAUAUUGCAUUCACUGAUUUUGUGGUCAAGCGUUGUAACUUUUGACUGGGUGAUCUUGCUGUAGCCCCAGCAAGGGGCCAGUUCUGCCCCACAGAGCCCCAAAAGCCCUCACUUCUAAUUGAGGGUCAUUACGUGGGUGUAGCGUGAGCAGAAUAGCCUCCUGCAUUUCUAUUUAAUCUUUUGUGCAGCUGCUAGCUUGAAACAAUUAACAGAUAUGAGCCCUACAACAAAGUGGUGCCAUUUUGGCAUGCUAAUGUCUGUCGGUAGCAAGCACAAUAUUUCACAUGAGUUUGCACGUUUUCUCUUUAAGAAAAUAGUAAUAAAUGAAGUCUUUCGUUCUUUAUAUAAGCAGAUAAGUAUCAGAGUUCUUCAAACUUACUUCACUGUCUUGGGAGCUAAUUUCAAAAUGUUCCUAUGCUACCUUUAUCUUUAAAUGAUUUUUUAAUUACUGUUCUACUGCUGAGAUUACAAACUGGCAUUCAGUUGAAUUACCGGCUAGAUAUUGCCAACCAUUUUACAUUUCUAUGGACUAGAAAGCUAUUUUGUCCAGCCUGUACAAUGCUUUUUUUUGUAGCUGCUUCCCGCUGCGACAAUUCGCAUUCCAUGGUCUUCACCAAAACACGCGCAAAUUCUCCCUUACUUAUUCCUCUAGGUGAGACUGCGAGCCAAAAGCUUCGGCUCUUUAGGGCUGAACCUCUGUUCCUCAUGGACCCACAAGGCCUGCAGAAAUCACCCAGAGCUUAGCGCGGUUAGGAAAGUCAGGAUUUGAACUUCUGUAGGCAAAAUUCUGCUUUGGGUUACGGUGGUGCCUCGCCAUGGUACUGAUCCGAGGUCACUGUUUUACGACACUGUAACCCAGAGUAGAUUAUGAGCCUGAGUCUCUUUCCCACUUUUGCCUAUAAUGCAGCUGUAAGGCAAAAGAAAGUACUUGGGAGUAACUGUAAGAAAACAGUCUAUGACCUGUGCCAUUUCAGCGCUUUGAGGAGUUUGAACACAUUGGUAAGUAGUGUGACUCAUUUUCACUUGUUGAUUACCGGCUUGUAGCAAAAACAAAGCAUUUUCUCUACAUCAGCAAGUCCAGAUUCUGUAUGUGUUCUGCCCAGACAGGAGGACUAUUUAGCCAUACUGUUCUUUCAAGUUAGAGUUUUGUAUUACAGUGAAAACCAACAUUUUUUAAUUUGUGAUAAACCUGUAUUAUAAUGCCUUAUUUAUUUUUAAUCUUGUACAGUGUUACAAAACAACAAAAAACAUUGGCCUUUCAUGUAUUAUUCACUUUAAAAGAUGUAUUGUAUGAAAUUUUGUAAAUAGUUUUAGCUCUGAGAGGUAAUUGCAUGUACACUUGUAUAAAAAGAUGCAAAAAGGCACAGUUUUAACAAAUGUCAAUGAUUUUUGUAACAGACAUUUUACAUGUGCAUGGAGAUUAUAAAUCCUUUGGAAACAGACAUCCCUUUGCUUUUCCUUACAAUCUAUUGCAUGCCACUCAUGCCUGACUUCAGUAAAACAAAACAAAACAA